AAACCUUGUUCUCAUACAUACCAUGCCCAAGUCAAAACGUUCAAAAGUCGGCAAGUUCACCUCUUUGAUGAUCGUGAUAAAGGCUGAUGUUGUAUUGUGUGGAUAGUAUCUCUUACAAAAGUCUCGAAAAAGACGAGGGAGCAUAAAAAUGUACUCUUGAGCGAGGUUAGUUUUUGUGGAAUUUGUUCUUCCCUUUGGAUGCAUUUCUGCGGAGACAGACUGGUAUCAUAGAUGAUUGCAAGAUGCUUUCUACGGCCUGGUGCCCUGCUUAUGCGAGUGCUAAAUGUUCUUUCAUCCCAAGGUACAAAAAAAUGCUGAAAAAUGGAAAUACUGCUGGCUGUUCGAAGUUGGCGCGAUGCGCAAUGCCCAUCUAAAAACCGUGCGGAAACUAUGGAAAGAUUCAGCACGGAUAUUCUUCGGUCGAGGAGCAGUAAUGGCCAAAGCCCUAGGUACAACAGUAGAAGAAGAGCAUCGAAUGGGACUCCACAAACUAGCCCAACAAAUAAAAGGCCAGGUAGGGUUGUUUUUCACGGACUCGGAACCUCAAGAAGUGAUAGAGUGGUUCGACGAUUUCAAACAAGCGGAUUACGCACGAACGGGAAACAAAGCUACGCGGACGGUGAUACUACCUGUAGGACCUGUGAUGCGGGUACACUCUGACCCGCCUGAACCGUUUCCGCAUAAUGAGGACCCACAGCUCCGGAAGCUGGGUCUCACGACGUCGAUGAAGCGGGGUGUACCGACGCUUGAAAGUCCUCAUCAGGUGUGUGAUAAGGGGAAGGCUUUGACGGGCGAGCAGGCGCAGCUGCUCAAACUUCUUGGUGAGAAGUUGGUGGUGUUUAGGGUUGGGUUGUUGGCAAGGUGGGAUGCUGCCAGCGGGGAAGUUGUUCAAGUUGAGGGUAGAUGUACGGAGAUAGAACGGGAAGGUGAUGAGGACCUUGAAGAGGAUGAGGAGAUGAGCGAGACACGUAUAGCCGCUCAAUUGAGUUACGCUCACGAGUGACUAGUGACACCGUGACCUGCCUCAUGACAUUUAUAUUCGACAUUUUGAUUUUUGCAGGAGUCUGGACAGCAAUCGAGGACUGGUUAACAACAAACAUGUCCAUAUA